UUUCAGCAUUGUAGGACUGGUAGUAUUUGGAAUUUUAGCUGCUGAAAUUAAGCGAAUUUGAGUCCUUGUCGGACACCCUCGGUUCUGAGGAAUUAGCUAGCCAAUUAAGGGCUAGGAUGGCUGAUGAUGCUGCUAUAGAUAUCGAUCCAGACCUAUGUAGUCGUCACCAUGCUUUGGCUGAGCUUCUGGGAAGCAUAGAUGAUCCUAAAAGCAGGCCAUCUUUACACCAAUUACAUGAGCUUCUUGAAGGUCUAAGUGAUCCUAACAACCGGCCAUCUUUACCCACUUUCUCUGAGUUUCUGGAAGGCCUAAAUGAUUCUAAUAGCAUGAGUGAUUCUAAUAGCACAAGUGAUAUUAGUGAUGAACUUGAUGGCAACAUGACACCGCUCCACCAAGCCUGUUUGAUGAAUGAAUAUGAUCAAGUUGCUCAAUUAUUACAAGACAAAACAGUGGAUAUUUUUGCUCCUGAUGAAGAUGGAUCUACACCACUUCAUUGUGCUUGUCAGGCUGGUAACAAAGAAAUAGUUGAGCUUCUUAUUCAAGAAAGAGCUAAUCGUCUUACAUCUGCUUUGCAUGAAAAUGAUGGUGACUCUAAAAUAAAAUCUUUUUUUAAUGUCACUGAUAAUAUUGAAAAUACACCACUUGGUUUGGCUUGUAUAAGAGGUCAUACAGAAAUAGUUGAACUACUGCUGGAGCAGGAUGGAGUCGAUAUCAGUCACACUAAUAAGCAAAAACGUACACCACUUGGUAUGGCUUGUAUAGAAGGACAUACAAAAAUAGUUAAACUACUACUGGACAAGGGAGCUAAUGUCAAUGUCACUGAUAUUAAUGGAAAUACACCACUUGGUAAUGCCAGUAUACCAGGACAUACAGAAAUAGUUCAACUACUACUGGAGCAUGACCUGCCUUUCAGAAAUGCUGUCAUCAUUAUGAAAUAUAUCCUAUAUAACAUACUAGAACUGGUCUAUAUACAAAAGAUAUAG